AUGGAUCGAAUUACUAAGACACCAUGCUGGGUACGCGGCAGCAAGAUCGAAGAGAUAGUCUGUAUCGGCAAGGACGUGCUCGCUUGGUGCACCGGCUUGUACAUCGUAUUCUUUCACGUGCUGAAGAGACAGCAGACCUUGCGUUGGUGCUGGAACCAGGUUACCGGCGACGGCGCUCACCGCAUAUCCAGUCACGUGUCCUCGUCGAUUUUCGCCUUCUCCGAGAGAUCGAUGAACCCGCGAAUUUUCGUCCUCGCAUACCCCGCGAUGACGAAGAUCUGCGAGUGCGUACAAGGUUGCGUCAGCGGUUACCUGGCGAUCGCGUUCACGGCGCACGACUAUCUCGUGUCGUUGGGCUCUUACCCGGACUUCCCGUUGAUCGUGUGGUGCUGGCGAACCGGUGAGAAAAUCAUUGUCGUGGACACGUCUAUACGCGACGAGGUCGGUCAGACGAUCAAGGUGACUCCGACUAGUCGCACCGUGAUUGCUCAGGUAGCCAAGACCUGCGGCAAACUGUUCACCUGGGAGCUCGACAUCGUCGGCAAGCUCGUCGUCUUGAAAGAUCACGAGGUGAAACUGCCGGACGACGCUACGAUUCACGGGGUCGACUGGUGUCCGGUGCAGGGCGAGCCGUUGUUGGCCAUUGUCGAUAUAGACGGUCACAUAUACCUCAGCAGCUACGACGGCAUCGGCAUCCGGCGGAUCGUCACCUCGCAACGCUGCGGGAUUUGCCUGAAUAUUGAGCUACCGGCGAUCUGCUGGUUCCACGGUGGGAUCAUCCUCCGAACGACCUUCUGCCAGAUCCGUUACUUUCAGAGGGACCCGCAGACCGACUUCUGGCGCAAGCAAUGGUACAUCAAGUCAAUUACCAAGCCGUACCUCUUGGUCGUGCAUCCCUUCAAGGACGAUUGGCUCUUCUACUAUACGCUCGAAGGCUACCUCAUGCAAAUCAUCUUCCCCGAGGUCAAGGGUGCCGCGCCGAACAUCCAGAGACAUCUGUACAACGGCGGUAGGUAUCGUUUCGUCGACUUUGUGCGACCUUGGUGCCAUCACCUCGUGGUGACGGACGAUCUCAAGGAACUGUCCAUCCUCGAGAGCUACAACGGCAGCGAGCUCAGCAAAGUGGACCUCGACAUGGAAGGCGUUAUAUCCGACCAAGCCGCGCAUCCGGACGACCCGUUGAUCGUCGUCAUCAGCGAUCAAGGUGAGAUGGUGAUUUUGGGUGUCACCGAUCCGGAGCAGCCGACGAUACUCGCGCGUUUCCGUCUCCAAAAGAAGCCCCUGGACUUUGUCAGAUUUUCGCAGUCCGGCGAAUUCCUCAUCGCCGCGCAGAAGGAGAGGGGUAAUUGCUAUUGCGUAAACCUGCGGCGCGACAAGCCGUGGAGUGUGACGGGCCAGCUCCGCUUGAACAGGCGUAUCACCGACGUGGCGUUGUACGACGAUGCCGACGACGGCAACCUGAAGCUGCUCGCCCUCUGCGUCACGUACCUGCAGUCCUCGGCGGGUCACCAGCUCCGCGUGUACGACGUGCCGCGGCGCGACACGUGUCGCUUGAUCGACACCUUCGCCUACACGAUCGUCACGCUGCCCAGGUUGUUUCGCGAGCUGCGCUACGCGCCCGGCAGCCAGCAGCCCCGGCUGUUGAUCGGCUCGCCUUACCUCAGCCGCCGGCUGCAGGCGGUGAGGCUGCGCGAGCUGAAGAGCGCGACCUUGACGGACACGGCGCUCACGGGCCAUCACGUGCGGUUCGCGCGCGUCUUCAGCGACCGCCACUGGCUCGCCACGUGCGCGUACGACGGAUUGGCGGUCAUUCGCGGCAAGGUACGCGAGAUCGUCGCCGUGGUGCCAGCACAUCACAGACUCGACUCGGGCAGUGUCAAGGUUAUCGUCACCCCCGCGGCAGAUAAGGUGGUCGUUCUCGGCCACGACGGCUCUCUGGUUGCGACGUGCGUCCAUCGCGCGGACAAGGUGUGCGAUGACUUCGUACAGCACAAGGAGGUCUCGUCGACCGCAGUCGGCAGCGAGGACUCCGCGUAUCCUGUGGAUCACGGAUGGCGCGACAAGUGGAUGCGGAAGAUACUGGACGACUACGGCGGCCUGGAGCCAGCGAUUCGCACGUCCUUGACUCGAGCUCGACAAGACUUCCCGCCGAAGAACGGUGACGGUGAAGACGCUGAGACGUGGGAAGAAUGGCGGCAAGGCGCGCAGGUGCGCGAAGAGGCGUCGCUGUACGCGGCGGAGAAGGCCGCGAUCGUGAAGGACCUGAUGGCGCUCAAGGACACCGUACGGCGGCUCCUCGACGAGAACGAGACGCGUCCGGAGAUAGAGAGGCUGCCGGUGUCCGCGUUCGACGUGGACCGGGUGGGUCGCGAUCAGAAGUCCAAGGCGGCCAAGGACGAGCGCGAAGACGUCCGCAUGGAGCUCGAGCACGUGCAGACCUCGGCCGAUCGGGUGGCCCUUUGGAUCAAGAAGACUUUCUGGGAGCCGCAGGUCGUGCAAGGUCGCUCGAUAUUUUCCUUCCGCGGCAACGUGGAGCUGACGAAUUACCCGCUGCUCGCGGAGCAGCCGUACUUGAAGGAACACCUGCGGUGGGCGCAGUUCUCCAGGGAGUCGAUGCGCAACAUCGUCGACGGCGACACCUUCCAGCCGUGGCGCGUGUACACGGACGAGCAGCUCCAGGCGGAGCUGAGGAAGCCCGUGAGAGUGCAAAGAGAACACGACAAGUAUAAAGUGGACGUGCUCUUCGAGGAGGAGGAGGGGGAGGAGGAGGAGGAGGAAGGAGACAAGAUUGUUCACGAGGAGCUGACGGAACAGCCAGCUUUCGAUGUUUGCUUCUUCGCCUUCGAACUGUUGCGUUUGCUCGCAGGCAUGACAACGAGUCGGUUCGUCGAGCAGUCGCCUCAUUAUUACGCGCAAAUCGAGUCUUACGGAUUCGCGCAAGCGACGCUGGACGAUUGUCACCUGAUGGAUGAUUGCUGCAAGUUGCGCAACUACUUCAACAGGCUGUUCGACGACGUGUACGCGGCGAAGGAGCAGGAAAUGAGUAUGAUUAAAGAGAGAAACCAGAGGAUACGGCAUAUAGACUCCGAGCUGAAGACGAUGUUCGGUCAGAGUCUGCCGCAUGUCCCCAGUGAUCCGCAAUGGCAUCCCAAAGUAAUCACUGCGAUCAAAAAAACUGAAGAGAAAGUAGAGAGCAUUAUCCAAGUACACGAGCACGAAGUCAAGGCGAAGCUGUACGUGUCGCCAUCGCUGCAGGCCGUCCUGAAGAAGCACGCAGAGGAGGCCGUGCGAGCCAGGCAAUUGUUGCUGGCGGACGAUUUUCGCGAAGGUGCCCUGAUGAGGAUGAUGGAUGGCGUGCUGGAGGUUCGUUGGGAGGACAUCAUCAAAGUGGACGUGCGCGAGCCGGCGUGCAUGCUGGAGAAACAGCCGGAGCAGUACACACCGGCCGAUAUCGCGGCCGUACAAAAGUACCAAGCAGACGUGGAGGUCCUGCGGCAGGAGCGCGAGCGUUACAGGAGGAUACUCGAGGCUGACUAUGCGAAGAUCAUCGCGCAGCUGCGGGACGGCAUCGACAGAUUCGACGCCAGGCUGGAGGAGCUCUUCCAGAGAAAACUGCAAGUCGACACGGCGAUAAAUCAAUUGAAGUUGCGUCACCUCCGCGGCCGCGCGCGGAACCUGGCGCGGGUCGAGGCGCUAAGGGAGGACGAGCGUGUGAAGCGCGAGAUAGCCGAGGCGCGCCGGCAGCGCGUCGCGUUGGAGGAGGACGCGCGAAAUCUCCAGCACGCGUACCAGGACCUGCAGACGCAGCAGGACGCUCUGUGCGCUCGCGACAAGACGAUGGCGCGGAUACUGCCGCAGGACUUCCCGUCGCUGUCUAUAUUCAACGUCGAGCUGCUCGACAGUCAGUACAAGCGACGGCCGAGGGUGACGGCCCUGAAGAACGUCGCCGCCAACGACCUAGUCAGCCUCGGCCGGUACCUCACGAGUCACAUCAAGCCGGCCUUCUUACCUGCCGAAUGCGCGGACUUCGCGAGAGUCCUCGAGAGUUUGGACGCGCGCCCCGGCACCUUGCCGAAGUCGAUCCACGCGAGUCACUGGGAGCGCCUGGUGCAGGCGCGUCGCCGAAAGAUCGAGCUGGAGCUGCAGAUCAGAGCGCGGCAGUUGGAAGUCUCCGGGGCGGAGCGGAUAAUCGCGAAGGUGGACGCCAAGAUCGCCUGCAGGUCGCGAGUGGAGAACCUCAGCGACGAGCUGAAGCGGCUGAGGGACGAGCGGCUGACGCGCGAGCAGGACAUCGAGUUGCAGUUGGUGCUGAAGAGGGGUCAGGUGGAGGCAGAACUGCGUGGCGAACGACAUGACACGGCGGACGCCGUCAUGGUGCCGCGCCUCGAGCUCGAGAGGGUCAACGAGCACAUCCUCGCGGCGGGCUCGCGCAAGCUCAACGCCCUGAAGCGCCACAUCGACCUGCGUCACGGUACCUUGUCGGCCGAAUGGGAGCACCGUUGCUUGAGGACGCGUUUCCGGGAGCUGGAGGAGGACCUGCACUUCCUCAGGGACGUCACGCUCACUAAGGACAUGCAGGCGUACCUGAAGAGAGUGACCAAAGGCUGGCGCGACGACAAGGUGCCGGCGCGCCUUCAGCGGGAAGUCGACAGCGCGACCAAAGCGCUCGAGCGGACUCUCGCCGACGAGGCCGGCAAGCUGGAGAAGAUCCGCGGUAAGAUCGCGUCUGUGAAGAAGAAGAACGCCGAGCUCGACCGCAGGAUCACGGAGAUGAACGUGGCGCGCUGGAAGAUGGAGCACGAGCGAGAUCCCACGGCGGAGGCGAAGCAGCGCGAGCAUGCGAACCGGAAGAUGCGGCUGUACAGACGGCGGUCCGAGCUGGUCAGGAAGAUCCAAGAGAAUUACGCCGAGCUGUUAGCGUUGCAGACCGAGCACGAGUUGCUGCGCAUGCGAACGCGCCCCAUGUUGGAGUUCUUCGAGAUGUUGGACGAUGAGAAGCCCAAAUGCGAUUGACGUCGUCGAGUGCAGGCGAUCGUUGAAGUUAAUCAGCGAAGUUAAUAGCAUUAAUGUCGUCGCUAAUCUUGUUCGUCUCUUUAAGCUGUUUCUUCCGCAACCACAUUGUCAUGUUUCGUUUCUUGUUACGUCACGUUAAUGGAGCGAUGAAUAAAGC